UUGUCAGCAAACUGCAAUAUUCACUUAUCGAACUAUAAUAACCAUAAUAAUAAUUAAAAUUUGUAAGUGUUGGACUAUAUUACAACAUUUUUCCUUACAAUUUUAAAGAUUUCUAUAAAAUAUUUCUUUCAUGAAGUUAAUAAGAUCAAUAUAUGGAGUAUAUAUAUAGGGGUGGACUAACACAUAAACAUCUCUUAAACUAAAAAUACAAACCAUUUUCAAUCCUUAAAUUAUCAAGACCUAUAAUUGAUUCAUCACUUUAUUUGAUGAAUUCAUGAUUUUGAGUUCGAAUCUCAUAUAUAGCAAAAAAUUUAAUUAUUGCAAUUCAGAUAUUUACACAAUAAAUUUAUAUGCGAUUUACAUAAAAUUCAUAUAUUUACAUACAAUUUUUUUAAUAUUAAAUUUCAACCGUUAAAUUAUGUGUAGAUUAAUGAUUUAAGGGUUAAUUUGCUAUAAAUACGCCAACUUUCAUCGAUUUUGAAUUUAGACAUGGGCUUGAAAAUCUGCCUCACAAUACAUAAACUUUGCACCUAUUUUAAUUUUUGGCCCGCCUAAAUUUGCCGGCUAAAUUUCUUCUUACGUGGCAAUCGGAAAAUCCAACGUGUCACCCACAUCCGAUGAAUGAAACUACACCGUUUAAGACACACUAAAACUACGUUUCAGUGGAAUUUGAAGUUCUAAUUUAGAGGGGUGAGCCCUAAUUCGGAAAAUUGUCUGUCCAAAAAAAGAGACGGUCUUCUCAAAAAUUGGAUGUCGUGAUCCAUCCUACACGAAAUCGUAUUGUGGGUGACAAUGCAAAGGAUUUCAAGACGGAAGCAUGUGUGAUUGUGAAGCAAUAUGCACAUGUUCAAUACAAAUGUUGGAAGGAUAUUCCAAUGGACAUUAAGAGAAAAAUGUUAUCCGGAAUGAAGCAAAAGUUUAAUUUGGCCGACGAUGUUAAAGUUACACAAGUGAUUUUCCAGCAACUCAACCGUCAAUACAGGAGUUAUCGGCACAAAUUACACCUACACUACCUUCAGAACAAAGGCAAAAGUGACAAUCCUCCAACUGGAGUUAAUCUUGAGGAUUGGAAGACAUGUAUUGAAUAUUUUGAGAGCGAUGCGUUUAAGAAAAUGAGCGAUAGAAAUAAAGAGAAUAGGAAAAAGUUGCAGAUGAAUCAUGCAUGUGGAACAAAAUCCAUUGCACAAUUUUGCAACGAAGAGCGUGAUAAUGAAACUGGAGAGGAGCCUAGUCGCACAACUGCAUGGAGAUUGAGCCGUUACAGUAAUGCGAAAAAGGGAUGGGUCGAUGAAGCCUCAAAGGAAGUUUAUGACAACCUUAUGAAGCUGCAAACUGAAAACAUUGAAGAUGAGGAGGGUCCAAUGUCAGAAGAUGAAGCUUUCGUCAAGGUUCUUGGGGAGGAAAAAUUGAGCCGACUUCGUGGAUGUGGAGAUGGAUUGAAGCCGCCAUCCAAAAGAGGAGAGAUGAUUAAUCUUGAUUUGCAAAAGGAGAAUGAAGAACUGAAGAAAAAGAAUGAAGAGUUGGCCUCCCGAUUUGAGUCUUUAGAAGCUCAAAUUAACAAUCACCAAGAUGGAAGAUGUGGUUUCUUCCAAUGGAUUGACACAAGGUCAACCAUACUUAAGCGAAACUACAUUGGUAAAUUGAAAAGGGAGAGAGAUGAGGCCCGCGAGCAACUCUGCAUCCAAACUUGCUUGGCUAGACAGGCAAAUGAGGAGGAGGCUUGGGGCAAAGCUGGAGAUAUGACUGUUCUGAACCACGAAUUGGAGGAGGAAUUGGCAGCCUUGAAAUCAAGGCGUUGGUGGCUGGAGAAGAUGGUGACAUUGGCUAUGCUCCUGCUGGUUUUGCUUAUUGUAAUAGUUGCUUAG